AUGUCGCCGAACUUAUUCCUCCAUGAUGAACUUAUCGCAGAAGUGUUAUCAUUCCUUCCCGUAAAAUCACUUAUGAAACUAAGGUGUGUGUGCAAGUCAUGGAAAACUCUCAUCUCUGAUUCAACUUUCGUCAAACUACACCUUCAGAGAUCCGCAAGAAACAAACACCUAUCACUAUUCUCGUACAAAUACCAAACUUCCAAGCAUUUCAGUGUCAUACCUUCCCCCUUGCGUCGUUUACUGGAGAACACAUCUGUCACCCUCGCUGACAAGUCUGACUUCCAUCUGAACAAGGGUGGAUUACUCUAUGUUGUUGGUUCCUGCAAUGGAUUGCUAUGCUUAGUUGGUUGUUUAUACAACGAUAAUUAUGAAGAGUUAGGGACCAUUGUGGCUUUUCAUCUACUGAGCACGAACGACGAAGUAAGAGUUUUCACUUUUGGUGAUAAUGUUUGGAGGAAUAUUCGAAGUCUUCCCGAUGUUCUAUCUUAUCAUCAUUGGGAUAUCAAUCAUGGUGUGCAUGUGAGUGGCAGUCUUAACUGGUUGGCCAUCCUAAUGGAGUCGCAAUUUGUGAUCAUCUCGCUUGAUUUGAGUACAGAGUCAUCCCGUCAGUUGCUUCUCCCUCAAGGUUUUGAUAAACCGACACUUCCUAAGUCAACUCUUUCUGUGUUGAUGGACUCGCUUUGUUUUUGUCAUGAUUUUCACAGAACGGAUUUUAUCAUAUGGCAGAUGAAGGAAUUUGGAGCGCAAGAGUCCUGGACUCAGUUCCUUAAAAUUAGUUAUCAAAGCAUUCAAAUUGAUUAUAAUGUCAUUAGUAACUCGCUGGAAAUGUUCCUAUUCCCAUUGUGUCUUUCUGAGAAUGGUGGUACACUGAUAUUGGCAUGUAAUGAAUAUGAACAAGCCAUUCUAUAUAGUUUGAGGGAUAAUGUAGUAGAGAAAACUAGAAUUACCAAUAAAAUAGAGUGGUCUCUUUCGAAGGAUUAUGUUGAAAGUUUGGUUUCAACUGGUUGA